AUGUUGGUGGACAUAAACAGCCUCAUCUGGAAGAGUUCCCAUUUUCCGAGAACAGAGACAGCAAUGGCAAAGAGACUCUCCUCGUUGUUCUCGCUGUCGCGGGACGAUAAACAGCAUUCUGAGGUUGUCGAGCCGGACUCCAUUCACCACGCUCAGUCUCCUACUUACGUCGCGGCGACGACUAGUCAUAAGUUGAGCAAACACCGCGUUACCUCGUCGACUAUCGAUCUCACCGCGGGAGCUUCAAGUCUUGCGCCUCCUCCUUUGCUGUCCGAGCCAGGAUUUGUUCGUCCCCCGAGCAGUCACCGCAGUGGAUCUGAAAGCAGACCUGGCAGUCGGACCAGCAGUGCUCACAGUUAUGAAGGCAGCCGAAGUCGGCCUCAAACGCCUACGUUGUUGAUACCCUCGAGCACGACUGCUUCUCCUGCUCGACCUACAACCCCGUCGUCUGCCAAGUUAUCCAAGAAAAAGAGCUGGAUACCUACACGGCAUGACAGACACAAGGGAGAUGACGGCCAAGGUCCACAUAAGGCGUGGAUUGCCGGGCUCCGAGAGCAUGUCCCAUAUGAUCUGGGUCCAUUGCUCCGAGGAGACAAGGUGCCUGAACUUUGGAACGAGCGUGGAGACACUCUGAUCUACCUCUACCCUCCAGAGUCACAGCGCGGCCCGUGUUUCAGGAUCGACUCUGCACUAUUGGCCGAUUCGAGCACCCUUGUCAAUCUUCGAAUGCAGUCUCCCACUUCUCCCGCCGACCAGGACGGCGACUUGAUGCGCGUCCAGUCGGCCUUUUCUGACACGGCACUCAAUCCUCGGCCAGGACGACCGCCUUCUCAGCAUUCUCAAGCGAGCUCGACGUACCGACCCGCGCCCAACUUCUCGAUUCCCAACCUGAUUACCCUGAGAGAAGAGAAGCAUCUGUAUUUACCUUUGGGGUUCGAAGGAAACAUGCUGGCCCGGGAAGCCGAGCCUCAGGGUGAUGAUCUCGAGCUUGUGGUACUAUAUCGCAAUUUCUUUGCCUUUCUCGCCGGGGGUGCGCUGGUCGCCACUCCCAGACUGGUUACCCUCUAUGCAAUUUUUCUGGGAAUCAGCACCAUCCUGAAACGGUUCUGCUUCAGCAACUCCGACGGUUCAACGUUCGGGGAAGUACCGUCCAACAGUUUCGCCCGGUAUUGUGAGGAGUUGAGAUUGGCGGACGUGCGCUCGAGCCGAGAAAAGACCAUUGAAGCGAUCGUUCUCGGUGAGCAACUGAGGUCAUGGCCCCUCUACAACGAAGGGUUUUCACAUGCCGUGGGUCGAUUGACGGACAUCAAGUCUAUCAACAGCCCAAAAUAUGCCAAAAUGUCGGGCAUCACAGUGAACCGCUUGGAACGCUCCCAUCUCGAUAUGGAGCAAAGAUUGCUAGCGGUCAGGGCCAAAUUGGAGGAUUUUGAAUUUCCUUCCAUGUUUGCGGGCAUUGCGAACUCGCAGACUUCGACGGAGGCCAAAUUGGUCCGAUUCAAGGAGUGGAAAGCUGGGUUUUUGGACUUUCGACGUUUUACUCUGUCCUACUAUCGCCGGAAAUAUGGUGCGUGGCCGCCAAAGGCCUCCUCAAAGAAAAACAACUUCGAGGAGAGUGGACUCAAUCGCCUUCUUCUCCUGGAGCUUUACAAAGACUUUACUGAUUUGUACGAUAUUCUGGUGGACCGAUCUGCCAUUACCACACGCACUGCUGAUAUGCCUGCGAUGGAUGACGACGCCGAGACUAAUGAUCAGAACGAAACCAUCCAGCAUGCGAUACGACGAGUGGAAAGUGAAUAUGACCGAGCCACGCCUCCUGUUGUCCCACCUAUCCCUUUCGAUACGCCGUUGAUUCCUCAAUUCUCACAGAGUUUCAAUCGCGACCACGUUGUUGUUUCUGAUCAAUCUGCAUUACACAGCAGGAAACUGAAAGAGAAUGAAGUCAAUGAAGUUUUAUUGGGGUCCUACAACCGCGAAUCCAUCGCCGCCAGUCCAUGGAUUCAAGACUUUUUCACCUAUGAACGACGCUUGGGAAGCGGCAAGACGCUUGAACAAAUAGUGGAUGCCAGGUGUGGCCAGUGGUUAUUCAUGUAUGCGAUAUUGCAAGCACUUCCCAUGACUGUGGUUGAUGCAAGAGACCUCAAGCACACUGAAGGAGUGGAGUAUUUCUUGUGCGUCGGCCCCAGAGGUGGCAGACCAUGGAUGAGGGAGGAUCAAUCAACGUCACGAGCUUGGUACAAUGUUGCCAGUGGUGGCGGUGUUGUCAGCUUGCCGGCAGACCUGAUCGAUCACAGUGUGGAAGGCAUAUACCGGCGCAGUCACUGCUGGACAGAAGCCACCAAAUGGACACAGGCAUCGGUGGAUGGCGCCUUGGGGCCGGUCCCGGCAGAAACUGUCGGUCUCCAGCUUCCAAGCCCGGCCGCCGCCCGUACCGGGUAUCGAAGCCCUCGACAGCAAUCCCCUUACGCCAGUCCGUUGGCAUCCCCGCUCUUGAGACCUCACUCUCCUAAUGACAUACACAGUAGCAGAGACAGAAGCUCAGUGAACCUAGGACUAGAGGCAUUGGAAGAGCCGCCUCCGCGACAAACCUCCCGGCCUACAUCCGUGUUUAACCCCAACAUCACUUUUGACGCGAUUUUGGGUACCAACGACGAACCUCAGACCAAGGCCAAGAAGGGAAAGAAGGGGAAGAAAUAA